AGUGUUAGAGCAUCCUUAUCUGUCUCUUUUCUUUCCUCUUCAAACUAAGCUAAAGAGCCAAAAUUGAAAAAACACCUCAAUAUCAGUCUUCCUUCCUCCCUCUCUACUUUAAACAAAAUUAACAUUUGCUACAGUGGCUCGUUUUCUUUGCUGAGCCACUGUUCACUCGCGUCUGAUUUUUUUAAUCUCUCCCUUUCUGUAGGCCUGGUUGAAGAUGAAGACCGUUGGGGAAGUAGGCUGUUGAAGACGAAGACCACGGCGCAGACGAUGAUGGCAAUCGGUUCAAGUCGAAAUCGAAAGCCACGGUUUUUGCAAUGGUGGAAGAUCUGGGUUUCGUAGUGGUGGAAGAUUUGGUUUAGGGAUUUUGUUUCAAAAAGAGAGAGAGAGAGAGAGAGAGAGAGAGAGGAUUUUUGUUUUUGUUUGCUGGUUUUUUGGGUUGGGGUUGAGGGGAAGUGAGAGUAAUUAGAGAGAGAGAGAGAGAGGAUUUUUUUGGGUUGGGAUUUUUACUAGUUUUUUGCCGUUGCUAAUUUUGCUGGGGUGUUUGGGGGCUGGAGUUGAGAGUAAAGUAGCAUAUGUCUAUUUUUAGGUAUAAAUAUUUAAUUAAGUAGAGACUGAAAGUAAAGAGAUUGAUUUUGUGUAAUUGUAAAAAAGUGAUAAAUUAAAGUAAAGAAGUGAAUUUUGUGGAUUAAUUUGGUCCAAAAUCAGUUGAGACUAAUGCGGAUGCUUUUGGACCGAGGCCUUGAAGACAAAACAGAAGACGAGCACAUUGAAACUAGCGAGCGCACUAACUAAGCACCACGGUGAAGUGCUUUGAGGUGGAAAGAGAUGUCCAUGUGGCGAAGGAACCUGAGCAGCUCGACGCGCGCGCUGCUCAAGGAGAAGAAAUGGGAUGCGCUUGUGAUCGGCGGCGGCCACAACGGUCUCACAGCCGCCGCCUAUCUGGCCCGCUCCGGCCUCUCUGUUGCCGUUCUCGAGCGGCGCCACCUCAUUGGCGGUGCUGCGGUUACCGAAGAACUCAUCCCUGGCUUCAAGUUCUCCCGCUGCAGCUACCUCCAAAGCCUCCUCCGUCCUUCCAUCAUCAGGGAAUUGGAGUUAGGGAGGCAUGGAUUGAAGUUGCUGAGGAGGAGUCCUUCAUCUUUCACGCCUUGCCUCGACGGACGAUAUCUUCUCUUGGGUUCAGAUAAGGUCCUUAAUCAUUCAGAGAUUUCGAAGUUCUCUAAACGCGAUGCCGACGCUUAUCCAAGAUACGAGGAUCAGCUAGAGAAAUUUUGUGAGUUCAUAGAUCCACUUCUGGAUUUGCCUACUCCAGAAACUUUGCAAGGUGUUUCAUCUUUAAGAGCCCGAAUGAAGAAUAAUCUACAAAAAUCAGAAUUUUGGGCUCAUUGUAUGAGGCAAGCUUUCUCCUUGGGGCAGAAAGACAUGGUGGACUUGAUGGACCUUUUGCUCUCACCAGCGUCGAAGGUCUUGAAUAACUGGUUUGAGAGUGAUGUUCUAAAGGCAACCCUAGCGACAGAUGCAGUGAUUGGAAUUACAGGAAGUGUAAAUUCAACUGGGAGCGGGUAUGUUCUCCUUCAUCACAUGAUGGGAGAAACUGAUGGUGAUCGUGGUAUUUGGUCGUAUGUCGAAGGUGGGAUGGGCUCAGUAUCGUUGGCUAUCAGUAAAGCUGCUAAGGAAGCUGGGACUCAUAUUGUGACCGAUGCUGAGGUUUUGACGUUGAUGAUCAAGGAUUGCGGCGCUGUAGAUGGGGUUAUAUUGGCUGAUGGGACAAAAGUUCAUUCUAAAGUUAUCUUGUCAAAUGCGACCCCUUACAAAACUUUUAUGGAAUUAGUACCUGAGAAUGUUCUUCAUGGUGAUUUUCUCCGAGCCGUCAAGAAUUUGGAUUAUAGCUCCGGGACUACGAAAAUAAACUUGGCUGUUGAAAGCUUGCCCCAGUUUCGAUGUUGCAACUUGUCUCAUCCUGAUGCUGGCCCACAGCAUGUGGGUACCAUUCACAUUGGAUCUGAGAGCAUGGAGGAUAUUGAAUUGGCCUGUCAAGAUGCUGUAAAUGGCUCGCCAUCUCGAAGACCUAUUAUAGAGAUGACAAUUCCUUCUGUUUUGGAUAAGACUCUCUCUCCUUCUGGUAAGCACGUGAUCAACUUAUUCAUUCAGUACACACCGUAUAAACCCUCCGAAGGCAGCUGGAAAGACCCUGCAUAUAGAGAGUUCUUUGCGCAACGAUGUUUAGCCUUGAUCGAUGAGUAUGCCCCGGGCUUCAGCUCAUCAGUUAUUGGCUAUGACAUGUUGACUCCACCAGACCUUGAACGGGAAAUUGGUCUUACGGGAGGGAAUAUUUUUCAUGGUGCUAUGGGAUUACACUCUCUUUUCCUAAUGCGACCUCUAAAAGGAUGGUCAAAUUACAGGACCCCAUUGCGAGGGCUUUACUUGUGCGGGAGUGGGGCCCAUCCUGGGGGUGGUGUGAUGGGUGCUCCGGGACGUAACGCUGCUCACGAGGUUCUUAAAGACAUUUUUAGCUUUUGAAGUGAAACAGUACAACACCACGUUAUUUUGUGUAGUGAUCAGAGUCACCACUAUUUUGUUGUGUUGUCGAAUUAUCUCUGGCCCAAGCAUCACUUUUUACCUUCGGAGAAUCGACAUGCAGGAACUCGUGAAAUCAAGCAUUCUGUACUUUUACUUGCUUCAUGACAGGAGAUCAAAGGUGAUAUUAUUCACAUAAUCUCAUUGCAAUGCAUGCAAAGGUGGUUACCCAAUUAAAACUCGGAAUUGCUGAUAUCUAAGAGUCAUCUUGCAAAUAUCACUUAUAGUGGCUCCAUUAACUAUUUUGGAUUUAAAAUCAAGAGUUGUGACUUAGCUAUUAUGGUUACUUCAUCCAUAUUGUGCUAUAUUAUGGUUACUUCAUCCAUUAACUAUCUUGUAAAUAUCUCACCUAUUGGAUUUGUUCUGGAAUGCAGUUUCUAUCUUCGAAUUUGCCAGUCA